CAACUUCCUACACGCUAACGAGUGAAAAACGACAAAAAAAUUAAGAAAAUUGAAUAAAAACAAAUAGUUUUGCGAUAAUGGUGUCUAUUGAAGAGUUGUACAAGAAUUUUGGAGUUCUUGCAGAUGCAAAAGAGAAAGCUAGCGAGCAUGAAGAAGAAUAUGUAUCAUUUAUUGAAGCUGUGAAGGGAGGUCCAGGAGAGAAACGUCUAGCCUCACAGUUUAUCACUAGGUUUUUUAAAUAUUUCCCUCAAUGUGCUGCCAAGGCUGUCAAUGCUCUGUUUGAUUUGUGUGAAGAUACUGAUGUCAAUAUACGUAAACAAGCUAUCAAAGAUUUACCAAACGUUUGUAAAGUCAACCCAGAGCAAGUAACGAAGAUAUCAGGGGCAUUAACUCAGAUUCUAGCUUGUGAUGACCAAGGGGAGAUCAGUAUAGUUCAGUCUUCGUUGUUUAGUCUUUUUGCUAUUAAUGUUAAAGGUACAUUACAAGGAAUAUUUGACCAGAUAGUAGGAGAUCAUGAAGAAGAUGAUUCUGUACGAGAUAGAGCGUUAAAAUUCCUAACAACUAAACUAAAAACAUUACCGGAGGAAACUCUGGAUAAAGAGGCAGAAGAAUAUGUUUUAACUAUGUCUAAAAAGGUUCUAGAAGAUGUAACGAAGGAAGAGUUUAUGAUGAUAAUGGAUUUAUUACGAUCUCUAAGAAUUAUGAAAACUGUACAGAGUCGUCAGAGCUUGGUGGAAAUCGUGGCCUCACAGGCUGAAUUAGACCAACCCCUUGAUGUUAGUGAUCCUGAUGGUGUAGACAGAUUAAUACAAUGUAUUAAAACAGCUGCUCCCUUAUUCUCAAAAAAUGUCCAUUCUAAAGCGUUUGUUGAUUAUUUAUGUGAUCAUGUGGUAACAAACCUAUCUGAUAUUACUAGUCCAGAGGAAGGUGUGAACGUCCAGCUAGAUAUAUUAAAAAUACUGGCUGAAAUCUCAGAAUUUGCUGGUGACAUUGAUUCAAAAAGACUGGAAAAUCUUUACAACAGACUACUGGAGUACAUGCCCUUACCACCAUCAGAAGAAAACGAUGCUACAGUAGCAAAUGAACAACCCAAGCUGGAAUUUUCAUAUGUAGAAUGUCUGAUGUUUGCAUUUCAUCAGCUCGGCGCCAAAUGUCCAGGAUUCCUGGCAGAUGAAGAAAAUGCUGAAAGACUCAAAGAUUUCAGAUUAAGAUUACAGUAUUUUGCGCGAGGUGUCCAGGUGUAUAUAAAACAACUCCGAGCAGCGUUACAGGGUAAAACAGGGGAUAGUUUAAAAUCAGAUGAGAACAAGAUCAAGGUUGUAGCGUUAAAAAUAACAUCGAAUAUUAAUCAGAUUAUUAAAGAUUUGUUUCACAAUCCACCCUCCUAUAAUAUCUCUGUUACUGUCUCCUGGAAACCAAUCACUAGAAUUAAUCCAAUAACAUUUGAAUCAAAUGGUGCCGGUGGUAAAAAACCUCAUAAAAACCCACGACAGCUGUAUUCACCACCCAGUGGAAAGUUUAGUGAGAAAGCUGGCAAUUAUACUGGUCAAGGUCGUGGUGGUUACCGAGGGGGACGUGGGGGUCGG